AUGAGCUCUUCAUAUUCCCGGCCUUACUCAUUUGAGUAUGGACGACAAAGCGAGGAAAUUGACAGGAAUGCCGGUUACUCUCAGCGGAAUCCACAACCCGUACAUGAGCAGGCUGUUUCCCUCCUUGAUCCAGUCAACACCUCUGCGUCGUCCCUCGGUCCUUUUGCAGACCCGAUUCCCCCAAGAGAGUUGGACGAGAGAACCUACAGCCUUACCUCUUUCACAAACAACGGCCCUGGGGCUGACUUCAUGGAGCCACAAGAUUUAGCAGAUCAGUUCAAAUUACAAAAUCUUUCUAACCGGGGCUCCGCUGUUGCUUCUUCCAGGGACUCGGGCCCACAACAUAAGGGCAAUAGUCUGCGUCGCUAUCCCACGCGGCGCAUCAAAUUGGUGCAAGGAUCUGUCUUGAGCGUCAACUAUCCGGUACCAAGUCCUAUUCGCAAUGCAAUUCAACCGGAGUACCGAGAUGCGGGCGGCGAGCUCUCGGAGGAAUUCACGCAGAUGAGGUAUACGGCCGCAACGUGCGAUCCGGAUGAGUUUACACUGCGCAAUGGUUACAAUCUUCGCCCUUCGAUGUAUAACAGACACACUGAGCUUCUCAUCGCGAUCACCUACUACAAUGAGGAUAAGGUCCUCACAGCGCGCACAUUGCAUGGAGUCAUGCAAAAUGUCAGAGACAUUGUGAAUCUCAAAAAAACAGAAUUUUGGAACAGGGGCGGACCCGCGUGGCAAAAGAUCGUUGUCUGUCUUGUCUUUGAUGGGAUAGACCCAUGCGACAAGAAUACACUCGAUGUUCUGGCGACCAUUGGUGUAUUCCAAGAUGGAGUGAUGAAGCAAGAUGUAGACGGACGAGAGACUGUUGCGCAUAUUGUGAGUUGCAAUUCUACUAUUUCGGAUCGCAAUCAUACAGAGACAGUGACAUAUCUAACUGAUCAGUUUGAAUAUACCACCCAGUUAUCGAUCACCCCGAAGCAAGAGCUUGUCCGCCCAUACAAAGACAACCCCAUGAACCUACCCCCGGUACAAAUGAUGUUUUGCCUCAAGAACAAAAACACGAAAAAGAUCAACUCACAUCGGUGGCUGUUCAACGCAUUUGGUCGCAUUUUGAACCCUGAGAUCUGCAUCCUCAUCGAUGCAGGUACAAGACCUGGACCGAAAUCGCUACUUGCCCUCUGGCAGGCAUUUUACAACGACAAAAACCUCGGCGGAGCCUGUGGUGAGAUCCACGCGCUUCUCGGCCAUCGGUGGAAGAAGCUUUUGAAUCCUUUGGUCGCUGCGCAGAAUUUCGAAUACAAAAUUUCGAAUAUUUUGGAUAAGCCCUUGGAGAGCGCUUUCGGCUAUGUCAGUGUACUUCCCGGCGCGUUUUCGGCGUAUCGCUAUCGUGCGAUCAUGGGCCGGCCAUUGGAGCAAUAUUUCCAUGGUGACCACACGCUUUCGGCGAAAUUGGGUAAGAAGGGAAUUGACGGGAUGAAUAUCUUCAAGAAGAAUAUGUUUCUUGCUGAAGAUCGCAUUCUUUGCUUCGAAUUGGUGGCUAAGGCUGGUAGCCAGUGGCGUCUGACAUAUGUGAAACCAUCUAAAGGAGAGACAGAUGUUCCUGAAUUGCCAGCUGAGUUUUUGAGUCAACGACGCCGUUGGCUCAAUGGCUCUUUUGCUGCGUCUCUUUAUUCUGUCAUACACUUCAACCGCAUCUACAAGAGUGGGCAUGGGAUCUUUCGUUUGUUUGCACUCCAUGUUCAAUUGGUCUAUAACAUCUGUCAGUUGAUCAUGACGUGGUUUUCAUUAGCAUCCUACUGGCUUACAAGUUCGGUUAUUUUGGACAUUGUGGGCACGCCGAGUGGAUCAAACAAGUUCCACGGCUGGCCUUUUGGCAAUGAUGCGACGCCGAUUGUGAACAACCUGCUCAAGGUUGGAUACCUGGCAUUUCUCAUGCUUCAAUUCAUUCUCGCUCUUGGCAAUCGACCAAAAGGGUCUAAAUUUCUGUAUACACUUUCAUUCCUAUACUUCUCGGUGGUACAAGCCUACCUAUUGGUGUUAUCAUUCUACCUCGUGGCUCAGGCAUUAACUCCCGAGAAUCUCAGCUUCGAUUUCGACCAUGGGUUCUCCGCCCUGGUAUCUGGGUUUAUUGGCUCGACCGGUGGUAUCGUGCUAGUGGCCUUGGUCUCAACCUACGGGAUCUACUUUAUUGCCAGCAUUUUAUAUGCUGAUCCAUGGCACAUGCUUACUUCAUCCUGGGCAUAUUUCCUCGGCAUGCCCUCUACAAUCAAUGUUCUCAUGGUAUACGCAUUUUGCAAUUGGCAUGACGUGUCAUGGGGUACUAAAGGAUCAGAUGCGCCUGAGAAGCUUCCAUCGGCGCAAACCAAGAAAGAAGAUGAGACGCCUUUCGUGGAGGAGCUGGAUAAGCCGCAAAUUGACAUCGAUGAACAAUUCGCGUCUACUGUGAAACGAGCUUUGACCCCUUGGAAGGAACCAAAAGACGAUGAGGGAGUCGCUCUUGACGACUCGUACAAAGCAUUCCGGACCAAUUUGGUCUUGCUGUGGACUUUUAGUAAUGGCUUGCUCGCGUUGUGUAUCAACAACAUGAGUAUAUCCAGACUUUGUUUGACAUCUACUUCUACGGAUCGGACGGCGUGGUAUUUCAAAGUCAUUCUGUGGGGUACUUCUGGUCUCUCUAUAUUCCGAUUCUUCGGGGCGCUCUAUUUCUUGGCGAAAACGGGGGUUUUGUGCUGUUUCUCUAGGAGAUAA